CCAAAUGAGGGACGAAGUGUUCAAGUCCAACCUGGUGUGCGCCUUCAUCGUGCUCAUCUUCAUCACGGCCAUUCAGAGCCUGCUGCCUUCUGCCAGGAUGGUUACCAUGGUGAUCCAGUUUUCCGUGCUCAUCGUCCUGCACUCAUUCCUAGUCCUGGUGACCACGGCGGAGGACUACAAGUGUCUGCCGUUGGUCCUGCGAAAGUCCUGCUGCUGGAUCAAUGAGACCUACAUGGCCCGCAACGUCAUCGUCUUUGUAUCCAUCCUCAUCAACUUCCUGGCGGCCAUGAUCAACAUUCUGUGGUGUGAUUUUGACAAGUCCAGCACUUUCAGCAACCAGACCUUCAACACAUCCACCCCCAUCCCUGACAUCUGCUUCUACCCUGAGUAUUUUGUGUUCACGGGGGUGCUCGCCAUGGUGACGUGCGCGGUGUUCCUGCGACUGAACUCGGUCCUAAAGCUCGCUGUGCUCCUGGUCAUGAUUGCUAUCUACUCCCUACUCACUGAAGCCUUCUACACCUCCCUGUUUUUACGCUACGACUAUGUCCACCACAACACAGAAAACUUCCUUGGGACUAAAGAGACCUCCUUGCUUCUGAUGGCUAUGUUCCUCCUUGCUGUAUUUUACCACGGGCAGCAGCUGGAAUACACUGCCCGGCUGGAUUUCCUCUGGCGUGUCCAGGCCAAGGAGGAGAUCAACGAGAUGAAGGAGCUCCGGGAACACAAUGAGAACAUGCUCCGGAAUAUUCUGCCAAGUCACGUUGCCCGCCAUUUCCUGGAGAAGGAUCGGGAUAAUGAGGAGCUUUACUCCCAGUCUUACGAUGCUGUGGGUGUGAUGUUCGCCUCCAUCCCGGGCUUUGCCGACUUCUACUCCCAAACAGAGAUGAACAACCAAGGAGUGGAGUGUCUGCGCCUCCUCAACGAGAUCAUUGCCGACUUUGACGAGCUGCUUGGUGAGGAACGUUUCCAGGACAUUGAGAAGAUUAAGACUAUCGGCAGCACAUACAUGGCAGUCUCCGGACUGUCACCAGAAAAACAACAAUGCGAGGACAAGUGGGGUCAUCUGUGUGAGCUGGCCGACUUUGCCAUCGCCCUGAACGAGAGCAUCCAGGAGAUCAACAAGCACUCCUUCAACAACUUUGAGCUAAGAAUUGGCAUGGCACAUGGCUCGGUGGUGGCGGGUGUGAUAGGCGCCAAGAAGCCCCAGUACGACAUCUGGGGCAAAACAGUGAACCUGUCGAGCCGCAUGGACAGCACAGGCGUGAGUGGCAAGAUCCAGGUGCCUGAGGACACCUACCUGAUCCUGAAGGAGCGAGGCUUUGCCUUUGAGUACCGUGGCGAGAUCUACGUGAAGGGCAUCAGCGAGCAGGAGGGCAAGAUCCGCACACACUUCCUGAUGGGCCGUGUGCAGCCCAACCCGCUCGUCAUGCAGCCGCGCAAGCUCCAGGGCCAGUACUCGCUGGCAGCCGUGGUGCUGGGCCUGGUCCAGUCGCUCAACCGACAAAAGCAGAAGCAGAUCCUGAACGAGAACAACAACUCGGGCAUCAUGAAGGGCCAUCACCACUACAACAGGAGGACGUUGCUGGCCCCUGGGGGGGCAGAGGUUGGCCAUGCCGAAGUGGCAGAUAAGACUGAGUUGCCCUGAAGAGGCCCACUGCAAAAAGGCAGGGAGGGAGGGGGACUUGACAGGACUGUGCUUUCUGUUUUCAUCCGCCCUCAUUGCAUCGAUUUGUCCAUUCAUCCAUCUGUCCAGCCAUCAAUCUAUCUAUCCUUCUGACAAUUCAAUGUUCUGCCUACUAUACACCCUAACCCCUUGCCUGGUGUCAAUGUUUCUGUUUUGUAUUUAUUUUAUAUAAGAGAACACAAUAAAGGAGUUUAAUUUUUUAU